UCUCAAGAUGCCCCUGUUCUUUUGAUCAGAGUUCACUCAUUCAACCAGCAUUUGUAGUUACAAAACAAAAGACUUUUAUCUCCCCUUUCCCGAUAUAGAUUCCACCCUCUCUUCCUCUGAUCUUAAGCCAUUUCUUUAUCAUCUUCUCCUCUUCCUCUCUUGAAGAUAGCCUAUUUGUACAAAGCCCUUCGCCUACCUAGCUGCCCUACCUGCUCUCAUCUUAUUGUUUUCUCAGAGUACUUGCUUUAAGAGUUUCAAAGGAGAAAAAAAAAAUGGGUCGUGGCAAGAUCGAGAUCAAGAGGAUUGAGAACGCUACUAACAGGCAGGUGACCUAUUCCAAGACAAGAAAUGGUCUUUUCAAGAAAGCCCAAGAGCUCACUGUUCUCUGCGAUGCUAAGGUUUCCUUGAUCAUGUUCUCCAGCACUGGAAAAUUCCAUGAGUUCAUCAGCCCUAAUAUCUCGACGAAGGCGUUUUUUGAUCUUUAUCAAAAGACUACAGGGACUGAUCUCUGGAGCUCCCACUAUGAGAAAAUGCAAGAAAACUACAGAAGGCUGAAGGAGAUCAACAAGAAGCUAAGGAGAGAGAUCAUCAGGCAAAGGAUGGGUGGCGAACUGGAUGAUCUUAACAUUAAGGAACUGCAAGCUCUUGAGGCUAAAAUGGAUUCUUCCUUGGUGUUUGUACGUGACAGAAAGUACCAUGUCAUUAAAACGCAAACCUACACACACAAGAAGAAGGUAAGGAACUUGGAGGAAAGACGUGCAAAUCUUGUCUUCAACUUGGAGACAAAGCUUGACCAUCAGGAUGGAAUAGUUGACAAUGAAGGAUAUUAUGAAGCAGCAGCACUUGGGCUAGCAAAUGGAGCCUCUAACUUAUAUGCUCUUCGCCUGUACCAAGGCUACCAUCCCAAUCUUAUUCUUCACCAUGGGGAAAAAUAUGGUUCCAAUGAUCUGCGCCAUGCUUGAUUGGUGGUUUUCGAGGACACACCUUCAAUUUCAGACAAUUAAUCUAUAUAUUAUUAAUUCUCUUUAUUAUAUUACUAACUAAUAUAUAUGAACUAGAAAAUAAAUUCAGAGUUGUACCAAGUAAUUUCUCUUGCUUGGUUAAAACGGUAAUUAAUGGCCUGAAAUUAGCAAGAUUUUCAGUGCUUUCUCUCUUUCUCCUUCUAGGACAAGUAAGAGCUGGCGUGUCCCCUUUAAUGUAAUAUAUAAAAUAGGUUGGGUUGUAUUGA